CCGCCAGCCAUCAUCCACCAAAAAGUUCCAAGCUCUCCAACAACGACGCGACAAACCCAAUCCACGCGAAUAUCCAUCCAGAAGAGACUCGAUAACCACACCCUUGGGUCAUUGAUAUCUACCAAACACAUUCGUCGUCAUGGCGCAAAAUCGCCAUUGGGAGCAAGACAAAGAUGCGACCGUCUACAUUGGCAACAUUGACGAGCGCGCGCCGCCCGCCAUGAUCUACGAGAUCAUGCUCCAGAUGGGCCCCAUCCACAACAUCCACAUGCCGCGCGACCGCGUCACCCAAUCCCACCAGGGCUUCGGCUUCGUCGAGUUCCGCACGCCCACCGACGCCGAGUACGCGGCCGCCGUCAUGAACGGCGUCAAGCUCUACGGCAAGUCCCUUCGCGUCAACAAGGCGAGCGCCGACAAGCAGAAGACGGCCGACGUCGGCGCCGAGCUCUUCAUCGGCAACCUCGACCCCAUGGUCGACGAGAAGAUCCUCUACGACACCUUUAGCCGCUUCGGCCCCCUCCUCAGCCUCCCCAAGGUCGCGCGCGAGGACAGCGGCGCCAGCAAGGGCUUUGGCUUUGUCAGCUUUGGCGACUUUGAGAGCAGUGACGCCGCCGUCGCCAACCUCCACGGCCAGUACAUCCUCAGCAAGGAGGUCUCGGUCCAGUACGCCUUCAAGAAGGACGGCCGGGGUGAGCGACACGGCGACCAGGCCGAGCGCGAGCUGGCCGCCCAGGCCAAGAGUCGCAACAUUGUCCCCGAGGCCCAGCCCAUGCCGCAAGGUUUCCUCAACCCCCCACAAGCUCCCAUGGCAGCGCCGCCGGCCCCCGUCCCCGUUGGAUUCGACCCCUCGGCCAUAGGUGGCGUGCCGCCUCCUGGCUUUCCAGGCGUCCCACCACCACUCGGCGCACCCGCCGGCUUCGCGGCGCCUCCACGUGGCCCAUCGCCCUAUCAAAACGCCCCUGGCGCUCCUCCUCCGCCAGGCGCUGUCCCAGGACGCGGCGCGGUACCAUUACCACCGGCACCGGCCGGUCUGCCCUCCAGGCCUCCCCAGGGACAACCUGUGGGCUUCACCAAUCCGGCCGAUUUCCAUCCUGGCUACAGGCCGCAGAGUGGCUCGCCCGCCCCUCCGCCGCAGGGCUUCCCGGGGGCACCGCCGCCCGGAUUCACGCCGCCUCCCGGGUUCACGCCGCCUCCUGGUGGUGCCCCUGGCAUGCCUGGUGCACCACCGCCAGGUUUUGCGCCUCCUCCUGGCUUCCAGCCGCCGCCCGGCUUUGGGGGGAGAUAGUAGUACAAGAAAAGGCGGAGAGGACAUGUCAUAUUGCAUUGGGAGGCGUUUUGGGAUUGUUCUUUGGGCGCAUGGACAGAGCGAUUUAUCGAAGACACUUGUAGUUUUGAGUCCUCGCGCGGUUGUCUGAUUACCAGAUAUAUAAGAUGUACAAAACAUGCAUGCCCCCUUUUUUCUUCCUAGUAUGGUCCCAUCUUUU